GGAAGGCGUAUUAUGCGAAGCCGCGAACCCACCGACGGUUGGGGUCACUGCUGCUCCUGCUUUGGCUGCUUCCCGAGUUCAGCGAUUCAGGUUCCUCUCCAAUGGCGUGCUCGCUCCUCCCGCUCCACGCCCCCCUCUCCUCCUCGCCACGCAUCCUCUCCUCCCGUUCGUCCUCCCACCCCGCGCCCAGAACCCUACACCUAUCACCUCGUCUGCCUAGGGUUCCGAGCCGCCCGCUCCCAUCCCCGCCCCCGCCGCGCGCGCUUACGGACAUUGCCGCGGGGGCGGCGGGGAGCCUUCGGGACGCGCUCGCCGACGCCUUCCUGGCGUCGCCGCCUACGUGGCGUUCGUCCGCCGUGAGCAACCUCUCCGUCUUCGUCGCCGGCUCGCCGGUACUCCUCUCCGGCCUCUCCGCCCCCGGCUUCGCCGCCGCCUACCUCCUCGGCACCCUCAUGUGGCGCGCGUUCGGGCCCCCGGGGUUCCUCCUCGUCGUCGCCUACUUCGUCGUGGUGAGUCGAUCCGGCCGGUACUGCAUUAACCGUUGGUGCUUCGGCGGGGAUGGCUUGGUUUAUUUUGAAUUGGAUGGGUCGGUGUGGUAUGAUAAAUCCCCUGGCACAGCUGUAACUAAGUUGAGGAUAAAACAGAAGGAAGCUCUGGGUGUGGCUGAGAAAAGAGGAGGAAGGAGAGGGCCUGGAGGCGUUAUUGGUUCUAGCGCUGCCGGUUGUGUUUGUGCUCUCCUAUCAAUAUAUAAUGUUGGUGGUACAGCAUCGGCUGAGCUCUGGAGACUUGGGUUUGUUGCCAGUUUCUGUACUAAACUAAGUGAUACCGUUUCCAGCGAAAUCGGGAAGGCCUUUGGAAAAACAACGUACCUGGUGACAACAUUUAAGGUUGUUCCGAGAGGUACAGAAGGUGCAAUCAGUGUUGAGGGUACUCUUUCUGGAAUUCUAGCAUCUGUGUUUUUCGCAAGUGUUGGUUAUCUUCUUGGGCAGGUGGAUGUACCACAAGUAGCGGUAUGCGUUCUUGCAUCCCAAAUUGCGAAUUAUGGUGAGAGUUAUAUUGGGGCGACAUUACAAGAUAAGGAAGGUUUUGAAUGGCUGAAUAACGAUAUUGUCAAUGUACUGAAUAUCUCCAUCGGUGCCAUAUUGGCUGUUCUAAUGCAGCAUUUGCUCGUGAGUUGGAGCUCUUGAUUUUUCCUUUUGAAUUGAGCUGUGCCUCCGCUCUCAGCAAUUUAUUCUUGUGAAGUAGCUGGCUGUUAUGGCAUUUGUUUCACAUUACCUUUUGCCCAUCUGAAGCAUAAUCAUAGAUUCACAUUUGGGCCGUUUCAUUUUUGUGCAAGCUAUAUACUUUAUUACGCCUUCAGUGUAAAUGUAAAACUUUGUAUAUACACUCAGGAGCUUUUUACCUGUGCUGUUGAUUUAGUGUUUAACUGUGA